CGCCGACGAACAGCUGAUUCGCGUAAACAAACGCAAAUUCAAAAUAAGAUUCCGUCUCGUGUUAUUUUUAUGUAGUUCUUGACUAUAAUUCAAGAUGCAGAAUGAGGACAAGGACUUCCUAAGCCUUUUAAGCACGAGGGAAUUCCCCAAGACGCUGUUUGAAAUAUGCCUGGAUUACGUGGCUGGGAAAAUAAACAUGGUGGAAUCUUUGGAAGGCUUUCCCGAGGUCGUGAGUGAGCAGAUCUUCGACAAGUGUCUUUCUUUGGGGUCCUUUUCGCAAAAUGACGAGGCAAGUGAGCGAGCGAUAACUCUGUAUGUGGAUGCUUACGGAAACGAUUUCAUGAGUGCGUUCAAAUGUGAGAAUCCGAGGAUUAUGAGCGAGUACGGGGAGUGUUUGGCGGUGCUGUGUCUGUCUGUGACUCAUCUCGACCUUCGUGGAUGCGCCUUGGGUAAUAAGAGUGAUUUUUUAAAGGUGUUUGUGCAGAUGGACCACCUCAGAGUGCUUAACAUUGCACAGAAUGAGCUGUCUGAUGAGGGAUUCCGCCUUAUGACCGCGUGCCAUAAAAUGUACAGGAAGGGUUUCGAAGCACUGGAGUCCCUGGAUGUGUCUGAAAAUAGAGUUGGAAUGAAGGUGUUGAAGUCCUUGUUGAGUUUGCCUCAGCUCAAGAAUAUCCGGGUGUCCAUUGCGCAUUCCUUGAAAAACUUCCAGCCCAGAUUUACACAUGAAUGGACCGAGACCAUGGACAGACUUGGCUUUAAGUUAUUACCAAGGGACAUAGAAUUUGCAGGCCAUAUCACAACUGUUGGUUGGGGAUCAAAGAUUAUUGCUGCGUGGCUGAAGGAAAUUGAGGAGCUGGAAAGAAUCCGGCAGGAGAAAGUGCUCAAGAAAAGCCAGGGUUUCUAUUCGCAAUCUAUCAAGCGAGCAGAGUUGGCCUUUACCAAACCAAGAACUAGAAUAGAGACGUACGAAACAUACACCUACAUGAAAAGACGGAAAGAAAAUGCAGUCAGCUCACCAGGGGAAAAAUGCAACUCGAGGGAAUGUGAUAAAGUGUAUGGAAACAGAUUCAACAGUAAGAAAAGAACAAUAGGAAGCAUAAAGUCUUUGCAAGUGGAUGGAGAACCACUUGGUAAGAAGCAAAGAGUGGAUAUUGAUGUGGAUAUUUUGAAAAUGUAUUUGAAAUAAGUAGUUUAUCAGCUUUUAAGUGUGUAUAGUAGAGAGAAUCAUGAAUUCUUUAAAAGUAUUAUUUUAGUAUAGAUCUUCACAGAGAAUUGUGACUAUUUGUUAAACAAUAUAAUAGCUAAGGAACAAUGCUUGUUUGUUAUAUAUAUUCUUUAUUUCUGUGAUAAGAGCAUAAAUAAACUACAAAAUAGGUUAAGUAUUUUCAAACUACCAAAUAAUGUAAUGCUGAUAAAGAUAUUGAUAGAUGAAGAUAGCUGAGAUAAAUGCCCUUUUUGAUGCAAUAUUUUUAUAUGAAAUGCAAUGAAAAUAUCUGGUGUGAGUAUUUUUAUUGUAAAUUAUUUUAUCCAUAUUUCCAAAUGAUUGCCAAAUUUGCUGAGUUGAUGUUGUUAAUAAAACCUAA